ACGGAGGCCAUGCACCCGGACUGUGCUGUGGUGCUGCAGCACAUGAAGGCUGAGGAGGACUGCCACCGAGUGCUUCAACAGGAAGAAAACAACCGAUCCUCCAAGACAGGUUGUCCAACACUUUGGGACAACAUUCGGUGCUGGCGCCGUGUGGAGGUGGGACAGGUGGUCCGCGUCUCGUGCGCCAACGUCUCCCAGCUGUUUGCUAAUAACCAGGGUCACGUUCACAGGAACUGCACUGAGGACGGCUGGUCCGAGCUGCAGCCUGCCUAUGAGGAGGCCUGCGAGAUUCUAGUAGAUGAUGAGGCAGAACAAGAGACGACAUAUUUGUCAAACUUCAAACAGGUGUACACUGCGGGCUACGCCACCUCACUCAUCUCUCUUAUUACGGCUAUUUUUGUCUUCACCGUCUUCAGGAAGUUCCACUGCACCAGGAACUACAUCCACAUCAACCUGUUCUUCUCCUUCAUCCUGAGAGCGAGCGCCGUCUUCAUCAAAGACCUGGUUCUGUUCUCUGACGAGAACCUGGACCACUGCUUCAUGUCCUCGACAGCCUGUAAAUCAGCCGUGGCCUUUUUCCAGUUCAGUAUUUUGGCCAACUACUUCUGGCUGCUGGUGGAGGGGAUGUACCUGCAGACGCUGCUGGCGCUAACCUUCGUCUUCCAGAAGAAGUACUUCUGGUGGUACAUCCUCAUCGGCUGGGGAGACUGGCCAAGUCCACUCUGCUGCUCAUCCCCCUGUUCGGGAUGCACUACAUGGUCUUCGCCUUCCUGCCAGAACACACGGGAGCGGAGGCUCGGAUCUUCAUCGAGCUCGGUCUGGGCUCCUUCCAGGGCUUCGUCGUGGCCCUGCUGUACUGCUUCCUGAACGGAGAGGUGCAGGCUGAGCUGAAGAAGCGCUUCUGGAAGUGGCAGACUCAGAGCUACCUGAGCUACAGCAAGCGGCGGCGGACGCUGUUCACUGAAAGCAGCACCAUCACUCAGAUCUCCGUCCUGGACAAGUCCAGUCCCAAAGACAAGCUGAGCCCCGAGGGACAGGUCCUCACGUCCAACAGCAUGUCCUCAGUAUAAAAACACACAGAAUAAAGCACAAAGCCYCAACGCUGAAGGUACUUCUGCUGUUUGUCCGUCCUGCUGAGCCGAUGUGAGACUUUUAAAUAAACCAACGUCUUUAAGACGUGUUUCUGCUUUGAGACGCCUCCAUCGUCUCUGCUGCCGGUAAUAUUUAGUCUGCUUUGUUCUGUGGACGGACACCUCUGUGGGAUAAAUCUUGUGCCAGCAGGAACUGAAUUUGAAUUGCUCAGUUUUAAUCUGAAUGUGUA